GAGGGAACAUGUUGCUCCUCGGCAGCCUGCAGGUCAUCGUGACCGCGCUCCUCGGGGCGGCGGACACGCGGGGCCUCCCGGAGAGCCUGCCCAAGUUCUCGACCACGCCCACCUACCUGCCCGUCGAGUACCAGGUGCUCAACGCGGACCUGUCCUUCUUCCUGAAGGAGGCCAACCAGGACAUCAUGCGCAACUCAAGCCUGCAGUCUCGCACCGAGGCCUUCUGGGUGCAGCAGGCGCGGCGGGCGCCAUCCCUCAGUGCCACCUAUGGGCUGCUCUCCGUCGAGGAGCCCAUCCCUCUGGAGCUGCUGCAGCCCUCGGGGCCCACGGUGCCCUCCUCCAUGUUCACCUUCAACUGGAGGGUGCAGGCCUUCAUCAUGAACGAGCGCAUCGACCCGGGCCGGCCCAAGGUGCAGGUGCUCUUCUACGUGGCAGGACGCGACUGGGACGACUACGGCGCCGUCGACAGGCUGCCCUGCGUCAAGAUGUUCGCCUUCCACGAGACGCAGGAGGUGCGGGGCACGUGUCGGCUGCGGGGCGAGCUGGGGCUCUGCGUGGCCGAGCUCGAACCCCUGGCCGGCUGGUUCAGCCCGCCCAGCGUGGUACCCGGUCGGCAGAGGGCUCCGGGCCAGCCCGACGGCACCCCCGUGGAGCUCUACUACAUGCUGCGGUCCGCUGAGGGCGGGGGGUGCGGCGCCGAGGAGCUCCGGAAAGGCGGCGACGUCCGAUCGGACCGGGACGCCACGUUCGGACCCACGUCGUCCUCGCCCAUGCGGAGGAUCGGCAGCGUGCGGCUGUGCCAGGGCCCCCCCGCCCCGCCGCUGGCCGAGGUCCGGCUCGAUAGUAACUUUGCGGUACUGGUGCCGUCCGGACCGCUGAGGCCGCGCGACACGUUCACGGCCUUCCUGUCCGGCACCAGCUACUCCCCCGUGGACUCUUUCACCCUCAGGGUGAAGUUGAAAGAGGGCCUCAUGUUCCUGGGGGCUCGAGCCAGUAACCCUUUGCUGUGGAUGGUGAACCAGGACGCGCGGAGCGAGGGUCACCACGACCCUCGUGUGACGGUGUGUGAUAGAAGAGCGGCGCCCUCCAAAGACAGUCCAGAGCCCGGCUUCCAGAAGAUUCUGCAGGUGGACCUGGAGGUGGGCGGCUUCCUGGGCCCGUUGGCCACGCGCACGCUCACCUGGCAGCUGGAGUACCCGGGAGGGCGCAGGCCCGCCGUCGAGACUGUGACGGAGGUGCACCUGGCACAGCAGGACCUCCGCGGCGUCGUGCCGCUGGCCAUGGACACGGAGAUCCUCAACACGGCCGUUCUUACGGGGAAGACGGUGGCAGUGCCGGUCAAGGUGGUAACCGUGGCGGCGGACGGGACGGUGACCGACGUUUCUGAUGCCGUCGGCUGCCGCUCCUUGGAUGAGGAUGUGAUCAAGGUGUCGGACCGCUGCGACUACGUCUUUGUGAACGGGAAGGAGACGAAGGGCAGAGCGAAGAUGGCCGUGAACUUCACCUACAGCUACCUCAGCGCCCAGCUGGAGAUGAACGUGUGGAUCCCGCGGCUCCCGCUGCAGAUCGAGGUGUCGGACACCGAGCUGAGUCAGAUCAAGGGCUGGAGGGUCCCCGUGGUGGCCACGGGUCAAAGGUCCGCACGGGACAGCGAGGACGAGGACGAGGACGACCGGAGGGGGCGCUCCUGCUCGCUGCAGUACCAGCAUGCCGCGGUGCGCGUCCUCACGCACUUUGUUGCCGAGGCGACGGACCCCCGUGCCCCGCUGGCCUUCAUGCUGGGGAGCGACUGGCAGGCGGACGUGACGGAGCUGGUGCGGGACUUCCUGAAGGUGGAGGACCCCCGCGUGGCCCUGCUGCGGGACGGUCGCGUGCUGGCCGGCCUCGACGUGGGAGUCACCACCAUCCAGGUGCUCUCCCCCCUGUCGGACUCCAUCCUGGCGGAGAAGACGGUGACGGUGCUGGACGACAAGGUGACCAUCACGGAGCUGGGGGUGCAGCUGGUCACGGGCCUCUCGCUCUCGCUGCAGCUCAGCCCCGGGAGCAACAGGGCCAUCGUCGCCACGACAACCACACAGGAAGUGCUGCAGAGCCCCAAGCAGGAGGCGCUCAUCAGCGCCUGGCUGCAGUUCAGCGAUGGCUCCAUGGCUCCUCUGGACCUGUAUGAGGCGGAGCUCUUCUCGCUGACGGUCACCUCCCUGGACGAGGCCGUGGUCAAGGUGCGGUCGGACCCGACGUGGAGGUGGCCCGUGGUCGUGACCGAGGCGGAGGGUCAGGGCCCGCUGGUGCGGGUCGAGAUGAUCGUUGCGGAGCCCUGCCAGAAGACCAAGCGGCGCAGCGUACUGGCGGCCGGCAGCGGCAGCGUCAGGGUGCGUUUCGGUCCGGCGGAGGGGCCCCCGGUGCCGGGUGGCGGUGGCUACGGAGGCCGGGGGGGGCAGGAGCCGGAGGAUCGGCCCGGCGACCGGAGACAGAGACCGCCCUCGGCUGACCGCGGCGGGUCGGACUCCCACUACUACGGCAGCUCAGUGGCCGACAUGGAGGACGGCGUGGCGCACAGGUCCACCACGACGACGAAGAGUGCCAUCCUGCGGCACCCCGGUGGGGACAAGCUGUUGGACGAGGGCGGCCAGGCGCAGAACGCCCCGGUCGACUUCUCCGACUUCCCCGCCCAGGUGGAGCUGCCGCACGGCGGAGACGUGGACGAGGACGACCUGGUGCAGUCGCCGCGCGGCCUCACCGACCUGGAGAUCGGCAUGUACGCCCUGCUGGGGGUCUUCUGUCUGGCCAUCCUGGUCUUCCUCAUCAACUGCGUUUCGUACGCCCUCAAGUACCGCCACAAGGAGCUGUCGGCCGAGGGGCCCGAGACGCUGAACCACGCCCACGACUGGGUGUGGCUCGCCCACGAGGCGGAGCUGCUGGAGAGUCACGCCCACCUGUCCCCGCAGCAGGACGAGCCGGGCGCCGCCAUGGAGUGCGGGGGGGGUCUCGAGGAGGCCAGUCAUCUGCUCAACGGCGGCUCGGCCCAGAAGAACGUGCAGGGCCAGGUGCACCGCUCGGCCGAGGGCGGCGCCGCCACCGACGCGGCGUCCCACAAGGGCGACUCGCCCACGACCAAACGGAAGCGCGUCAAGUUCACGACGUUCACCACGAUCCCGCUGGACAACGGCUGCCCCUCCGUGAGCCCCCUCAUCGGGGGGCACGGCGACGACAUUAAGUGGGUGUGUCCCGACAUGGAGCUCGGCGAGGACUACAUGGAGAGACUGAACGGCAGCGCUCUGCGGGACGCCGCGUGA